AUGGUAUAUAUCACUCGAUUUGGCGGACUGGUGGCCGCCCUCGCUGCCCUGGUUGUGGCCGCCCCCGUCGACAUUCGAGAUGUGUCGACCACUGUCCGGACUCAGCUGGAUCUGUUCGCGCAGUACUCCGCCGCAGCGUACUGCUCGACCAACCUGGAUUCGCCCAACACGAGCGUCACCUGCACGAACGGGCUCUGUCCGUUGCUCACGGCGGCCAAGGCCGAGAGUCUGUCGGAGUUUGAGGACUCCGACUCCUACGGCGAUACCGCCGGGUUCCUCGCCGUGGAUCCCACCAACAAGAAGCUGGUGGUGUCCUUCCGCGGCAGCAGCUCCAUCGAGAACUGGGUCGCCAACCUGGACUUCAUCUUCCAGGACGCCAGCGCCAUCUGCAGGGGCUGCCAGGUGCACCAGGGCUUCUUCAAGGCCUGGAGCUCCGUCGCUGCCACCCUGACGACCGAGAUCAAGGCCGCCGUCACUAAGUACCCGGGCUACACCCUGGUCUUCACGGGGCAUAGUCUGGGUGGUGCGUUGGCGACUAUCGGCGCGACGGUGCUGCGCAAUGCGGGAUAUCCUGUUCAGCUGUAUACCUACGGCGCUCCGCGGGUGGGCAACACCGCGCUCGCCAACUAUAUCACGAGCAAGGGCUCCGGCUCGAAUUUCCGGGUCACGCACCUCAACGAUGUUGUACCCAGACUGCCGCCGCGGUUGCUGGGAUAUAGUCAUCCCAGCCCGGAAUACUGGAUCACCAGUAACACAGGAGCGGCAGUGACCUCGUCGGCUAUCGAGAUAAUUCAGGGGGUGGACUCCUCGGAUGGAAAUGCCGGGGAGAACAUCACCAGCGUCCUGGCGCAUCUGUGGUACUUCAUCAGUAUUGGCACUUGUUGA